GGAGAUGGGUGGAGUGAAAGAGAGGAAGAGAAAACAGGAGCAGAGAGCACAAGUCUGUCAGGAGGAACAGGUAGAUGUUAGAAAGUUUUGAACUUAGUUCUGAUCAUCUCAGCAAAGGCUUCUAUAUUGUUCAGACCUCCCCAGUAUUUUUGAAGAUGGUGAAGAACCUUGUCUCUACCGGUGGAUUGCUUUGUGCUUGAGAGAUAAGACAGAAAAAAAAGCUUAACUUUACAGACAGAGAGCAUCCUUCUUUACUAUUCCAGCAUCAGUACUGAACAUUGGACUGGAUGUACGAGUCUGACCAUGCAGACCUUUGGACUGGAGCAAGAAGAUUCCUUUGAUUUCUUGUUCAAGAUUAUUUUAAUCGGAGACACAGAUGUUGGCAAAACAUCUGUGAUACAGAGAUUUAAGACUGGGAACUUCUCUGAGAGGCAGCAGAGCACUAUCGGCGUGGACUUCAUUGUUCGCACCCUCAACAUCCAGGGCAGAAAAGUAAAGAUGCAGGUUUGGGACACAGCAGGGCAGGAGCGUUUCCGCACUAUCACACAGAGCUACUACCGCAGUGCCCAUGCAGCUAUGAUCACCUACGACAUCACCCGCAAAUCCACGUUCGACUCUAUACCACAGUGGAUCCAAGAGAUGGAGCGGUAUGGAGCUGCUAAUGUCCUACUGGCCAUCAUAGGUAACAAGUGUGACCUGGAAUCUGAAAGAGAGGUUGAAUUUGAUGAAGCAUGCACACUAGCAAAGCAAAAAGGAAUUGUAGUAGCACUGGAAACCUCAGCAAAAGAAGCCCAGAACGUGGAUCAGGCUUUCAUUGUGAUGGCACGUGAGCUACUGGCGAGCAAUGGACUGGCUGUAAAGGAGGGCGGUUAUCACAUGGAUUCUCCACACAUGUUACUGCAAUCCAACACCAGAACGAUUAACACUCCCACAAACACACUGGAGAAAAAGACAUGCGGGUGCUAACAAUGGACCUAUUUUAUUUUACACGCCUAUCAGAAUUUUUUUUUUUUGGUAUAUUCCAUACUAAAUCUAGUUUAUCUUUUAUUACAAACUACUUCAAUCUGCCAUCAUCUUACUGUCACUGGUGAAACAUGAGAACAAUAGUACAAAUAGAUCAAACUUUCAUAGAUUUGUACGCCAAAAUACUCGAACAUAAAUAAGGUAAAGCAGACAGUUAACAGGCUAACCUCUCAAUAAGCACUUUCAGUAGUCAUGUUUAGUCCCUUAUUCAUACAGCUGACUGAUACACAUCAAAUAUGUCAUGUACUUUAAUUGCUACGUAGCAUGCUUCACCAGACAAUCCUGUUUGAUUUGGGUUCACAAAUAAAGGAAAUGAUAACGCUGAACAUGGAGGUAUUGGAUUGUCACUUCAGUUAUUUAUGCCUUGGAGGUGCAUUUUGACAUAAGUAAUGAUUUUGCAGACACCGUAAAGUGUUACUGAGGUUGACGUCUAUGUUCGCUUUAAUCUGUUGACUGUGAUAUUAAACCAUGUUCAUGUAA